GCGGCCGCGCGCGGGACUCUGUGGUGCCGCCAGCCCCGGCCCCAUUGUUUGUGUUUUCUUCAAAAUAUGGCAAAGGUUCAGGUGAACAAUGUAGUGGUGCUGGAUAACCCGUCGCCUUUCUACAACCCGUUCCAGUUCGAGAUCACCUUCGAGUGCAUCGAGGACCUGUCUGAAGACUUGGAGUGGAAAAUUAUCUACGUGGGCUCUGCUGAAAGUGAAGAAUACGAUCAAGUUUUAGACUCUGUGUUAGUGGGUCCUGUUCCUGCAGGCAGGCAUAUGUUUGUGUUUCAGGCUGAUGCGCCAAACGCGGGGCUCAUCCCAGACGCAGACGCAGUGGGGGUAACAGUUGUACUGAUUACCUGCACCUACCGAGGUCAAGAAUUUAUUAGAGUUGGCUACUAUGUAAAUAAUGAAUAUACUGAAACAGAAUUAAGGGAAAACCCACCAGUAAAACCAGACUUUUCUAAGCUUCAAAGGAAUAUUUUGGCUUCUAAUCCCAGAGUCACAAGGUUCCACAUUAACUGGGAAGAUAACACAGAGAAACUGGAAGACGCAGAGAGCAGUGACCCCAAUCUGCAGUCCCUUCUUUCCACAGAUGCACUGCCUUCAGCAUCAAAGGGAUGGGCGACGUCAGAAAACUCACUCAGUGUCAUGUUAGAAUCCCACAUGGACUGCAUGUGACACGUGCCAUGCCAUUAGUACAGAUUAAGCUAUUAAAACAGAACUAUCUCCCUGAAGUUCCGUAAGUACAUAGUCAACGUGAAAUGUGAAGAAUUUGUUUAAAAACAUCCUGUAGAAAGUUUAUAAGAAAACCAGUAUUUGAGCAAAUUGUGGAAUAUAAAUACAACUAUUUUUAAGGACUUUUUUUCUCUAAUGUGUUAUUUUAUUUGUUCAUGAAACUAAUCUGAUUAAAGCAUAUAUAUUAUUUUCUUCUCUUUUAUAUGUAAUUAAAGCACUUAUAAAAAGAAAAGUUAUCAAUUCUUAGACUGGGUUGUAAAGGUGUUUUAGCCUCUUGGACAAUAAGAUUUAUCAGCUUUUAAAAGGACAAAGUUUACUUCAACUAAAAUGAUUUUUCCUGUGAAGAUAGUAUCCUUAUAAUUUGACAAGAAAAUUUCCAUUCUGUAGUAAAAAAGAUAGAUUUAAAAUGGGAUUUGAAAUCAAUCACAUGCCACCAGGGUUUUUCUAGGCCAUCCCAGUGCAUCUUACUACAGUUCACAUUAAACUGGACUUCUAGUUUUUAUAUAACAAAUGCGGCUGCCUUUGAAGUCCUUCUGACUAUCGUGUAUGCUUUCCUACAUCUAAAACUGAGAAACUAUGAUCCUAAGCCAUCACUGUCUAGAGAGUCCAACACAUAAGAGCAAACAUAAGGUCUCUGAAGUGUAAGACUCCAUUAUGAUGGCUCAGAUCUGCUCACUCUUUCUGCUUACAGGAAUGCUGAACGUGCGUUGCUGGCACCAUUACUAUUGAAGGGUGAUUUAGGAAGGUCUAGUCAGCUUCAUCCUGGCUAGCGACUCUAGAGAGUAUGUCUUACCUUUUGCAGCCACACUACCCCAUAUCCUUUGGUUCUCAUAAUGUGUAAGAUCAGGGCAUUAUCUGUAGUUAACAUAACAGCUUAACCACUUUUUUUUUUCUCAGAAGAAUAGUUUUAGAAAGGAAUUCACCAAAUAAAUGGGCCAAAAGCUUAUUUUCUUUAAUGAGAAGUAAAUCCUCAAAGUUUUGAUCCAUUAAAUUGACAGUACAAUAUUCUCAGUUGUUAUCAGUGAUGAUGCCCAGGAUAGCCAUAGGUUCAAGUUAUGCAGUGCCUUCACAUCUAAGCUUUUAUACUGCACUUUCAAAAGCAUUUUGAGGAAAAGGAAGGGGUAUUUAUUUAAAUACAGACUCUAUAAGUUGUAAUAUAUUUCUUGCUUUUUUUAAAAGAUAAAUUUGUGAAACAAAGUCUUGUUAAAUGUUAAACUUUGAAAUUUAAGACUCCAUAUUACCCAGUUCAUAGAUUUUAAAAAUAAAUAUUUCUGGCUACUAAAAUGAUUUGAAAAAAAAAUCUCAUUUUGUCUAACUACAAUUAGGAGAAAAUGUUUAAGACAGUUCAGUGAUCAGUACAGUAAGAAUAAGUUUGUCAGAAAUAAAGAUAAUUAAAUCACCAAGUAAAGCAACUCAGUGCAGUCUUAGAUUAUAGAACCACUUUGUGAUGACAUGCUUAGGUCUUUAUACCAAACUUUAAAUAUAUGGCCCAUAGUCACAAAAGUCGGAGAAAUAAAAUACUGCCUUUUAUUAUUUAAAUGCAAUAGCAUUUAAAUUUAAAAGUGAAAGAAGAAUAGAAACAUUUACACAUUAAGAACUAAGAAACUAGCAUGCAGGGAUUUUCCUCCUGAUUAGCCUCAUUUAAAAAGACAUUAUGUCUGAAUUACAGUUAAAAGGCUUAUAGACUCCGCUCCACCCCACUUCUUUUGAGAUAUGGUCUCUCAACAUAGCCCUGGCUGUCCUGAACUUUCCUUAGACCAGUGUAGCCUUCAGCUCACAGACAUCCACCUGCUUCUGCCUCCUGAGAGCUGGGAUUAAAGGCAUUCGACUCCACACCCUGCACCACUUCCUUGUUUCUAUCAGUAUAAAUAAAUGUCUGGUGAAUACGUACACAUACAACACACACAUAUGCACACACACAGUCCACACCGCUGAAGAGCUAGGGGAGUAGGUUA